GGAGCCCCCAGCACCCCAGGCACAAGAAAGUAGUGUUAUUAGUUCGAGUAGAACAUCACAUCUCACCUGAAGAUGUCUUCUGGGUCGUCGUCUCGGAGCAACUCCCCGAGCUCGGACUCGGAGUGGAGCAAGGAGAACAAGAUGUUCGAGGAGGCGCUCGCCUACUACGGCGUGAGCUCCCCCAACCUCUGGGAGAAGGUGGCCAGCGCCAUGGGGGGUACCAAGUCUGCUGAGGAGGUGCGCCGCCACUUCCAGAUCCUUGUCGACGACAUCAACAACAUCGAGCACGGCCGCAUCCCCUUCCCCAAGUACAAGACCCAAGGAUUCUGGACCUAGU